AUGUUUCUUCUCGUCAUCCCUAUCUUCUAUAUGCCCGUCACGAUUAUCAUAAUUCUACGAAUCUUCGUAAAGUUAUUAUACGCAGUCAAGGAUAGAAAUGUCAAUGUCCCCCUGUUCAGUGCAAUCUGUAUUUCUCAAUUCAUGUGUCUUCUAUUUUUCAUUUGUGACUUCUUUUAUAUACGUCUGAUGACAAGUGGAGUAUUCACUAGUUGGUGUGCAAGUGUUCUUCCAAAUCGAUAUCUAAUCAUACUCUAUACGACAACAUAUUAUGUAAACUACGCGACUGUGUUAUUCCCAUUUUUAGUUUCCACAAUGAGAUUAAUUCUAUUCGCUUAUCCCCAAAAUCAAGUGAAGGUUCGGACAUGCGAUGAUCUUUCAAGGGAAGUCUUUGGAGACGCGGCUUUCAAAUGA